UAUUCAAAUGAUCAGGAAAAUAGGACCAUAUGUGUCCUUCCCAAAUCAGUUUAAGGCUCCUUAUUUAGAAUCCCCAAAAAUUUACCUAAAUACGUGAUGCAUUAGAACAGAAUUCUAAUCGAUCACUUUCUAUAAUUUCACUGAACUUGCACUAAGGUGAAAUACCUCCAAUAACAUUGUUACCCGUUGCAUUAACAACUUGUUUCUACCAUAAAUCCAUAAAUGGUACUCUAAAUCGCCCGUGUUUUUCUUCACAUCGCCGACACAAUUUGCAUUAUUAAUAAAAUUGUUUUCUUGGAAAAAUCACGUACUCGAUCGAAAUUAUUGCAACAUGAUAAUUUUCGUCACCACCAAGAUUCAAAUCUGUAGCAAAAUAGGGAAUUGAGUAAUUAGUGAUAACAUUCCACCAUUUCAAUAAAUCAGCGGGCCGUUGUCCUUAUCGUCACCCUGAGGUUAACGCAGCGCAAUAGUAAACGUAAUCCUUCUUUUUUGGCCUCUUCGCCCUGUCGAAAAGUUCACUUUUUUCAUUCCUUCGAAUUCAAAAUGUUUUCGCGCGCUUUUUCGACCGCCAACCACCUGUUGAACAGUUGGAAUCUACAACGAUUGACUGUAACCCAAUUAAGGAAAAUGAGUCAACAAGUCUUACAUUCAAACGUUUGGGAUUCCGAUCCUGAACUUUUUGCUAUUAUCCAAGAGGAAAAAAAACGUCAAUUGACCGGUUUAGAAAUGAUUGCUUCGGAAAAUUUUACUUCACUUCCCGUAUUACAAUGUUUAAGCACUUGUCUGCAUAACAAAUAUUCCGAAGGUUUGCCAGGACAAAGGUAUUAUGGGGGCAACCAAUUUAUAGACCAAAUUGAACGUUUAGCUCAAAAACGUGCCUUAGAAGCUUAUAGACUAAAUCCAGAGGAAUGGGGUGUGAAUGUGCAGCCGUAUUCCGGUUCACCUGCCAAUUUUGCUGUUUAUACAGGUCUGGUUGAGGCCCAUGGUCGUAUCAUGGGGUUGGAUUUGCCAGAUGGGGGCCAUUUGACUCAUGGUUUCUUCACUGCAACAAAGAAAAUUUCAGCCACCUCUAUAUUCUUUGAAUCAAUGCCAUACAAGGUCGAUGUCGAAACCGGCCUCAUCGACUACGAGCAACUCGCCAAAACUGCUCGCUUGUUUAAACCCCGUAUCAUCAUCGCCGGCAUUAGCUGUUACUCCCGCGCCCUCGACUACAAGCGUUUCCGCGAGAUUUGCAACGAAGUCGGCGCCUACCUCAUGGCCGACAUGGCUCACAUUUCCGGAUUGGUGGCCGCAGGAGUCACCCCCAGUCCUUUCGAGUACGCCGACGUGGUCAGUACCACCACACACAAGAGUCUGCGAGGCCCCAGAGCCGGUGUCAUCUUCUUCAGAAAGGGCGUGCGAUCGCACAACGCCAAGGGCGAACCCAUUAUGUACGACCUCGAAUCGAAGAUCAACCAAGCUGUCUUCCCCGGCCUCCAAGGAGGUCCUCACAACAACACCAUUGCAGCCAUUGCCACUACUAUGAAGCAGGCGACGACGCCCGAAUUCGUCGAGUACCAGAAGCAGAUUAUCGCAAAUGCGAAGAGACUCUGUAAGGGCUUACAGGAGAAGGGGUACAAAAUUGCCACCGGUGGUACCGAAGUCCAUCUGUUGUUGGUCGAUUUGAGGAAUGUGGGGCUUACGGGGGCAAAGGCUGAGUUUAUCCUGGAAGAAGUCUCGAUUGCUUGUAAUAAGAAUACGGUUCCGGGAGAUAAGAGCGCUUUAAAUCCGUCGGGAAUUAGGUUGGGAACGCCGGCUUUGACCACAAGGGGGCUGGUAGAGAAAGAUAUGGAUCAAGUUGUUGAGUAUAUUGAUAAAGCAUUGAAAUUAGCGAAAGAAAUUAGUGCCAAAUCGGGGCCCAAAUUGGUGGAUUUCAAGAAAACAAUUGAAUGUGACGAGGAGGUUAAGAAGAAGGUGGCGGAUUUGAGAGCUCAAAUUGAAGAGUUUAGUUGUAAAUUCCCGAUGCCGGGAUAUCCCGAAUAUUGAUGAUUUAAUUAUUUUUUUUUUGUUUGAUAUAUACGUUUUAUGUAUAAA